GAAAAAAGAGUUGCUGGAACGAAGUUGUCGGAGUGUCAAAGUGUCGGAGAAAAAUUGUGAACCAGUGAAAAUUUUGAUAUAAUUAAAAAUAUUUGAAAUACUUACAGUGAAUUUGUUAAGGCUCAUAUAAUAUAGAAGUAUUCAAUGAUAUGAAAAGUGCAUAUAUCCAAUUUUUAAAGGAGUAUAUGGUCCAAGUCACCAAGUGAAAAUUUCAAUGAAGCAGAUUUAUUACUAUACAAAUCAAUAUUAAAUAAAUAUAAAAAAAUAAUGAUAAAUACCGUGCUUAAGUGUUAAACUAAUAAUUUUCUAUUAUACCGGUAAAAGUCAAUUCGCCGAUUUUUUCUACUCGGUGAAAAAUUUGUUAUAAUUAACGAGCGCCGCCCUUAAAUAGUGUACCAAGUACCGAGCGUUUAAACGAAUACAUGAAUAGAGUUCAUUCAAAUUUUAUUGAAACAAUUUCUAGGACAAUAUAUCUGGAUUAACAACAAUAAUUUUUGGCAUAUCGGCGUAAUGUUAUUGCAUUAAAAGGCUGGGGCUGUGCGAAUUUGCUUUUCGAUAAAAACCGAAAAUCGUCUCCGCAAUGAAUGAACUCAAUUGGCAACGAGUCAGACUAACCGAGGGCAACAUUGAAACUAUUUUCACUUAUACUCAGGAGUCAAAUUUCCGCCGUUGUGAUUAGCAUCAUCCGUAAAUCUAGUGAGAACCCGUAGGACGACGCCUCCUCCGCGCAUAGAGGAGUACUGGAAUGUUGGAAUAUCCCCAACGAUUCGCUCGCAAUAUCCCCGAUUCCUCAACGGCGAGUAACGUACCGAUAAAUCAACAACAACAUCAACAUCAAUUACAUCAUCAUAAUCAUAACCACCAGCAAUCACAUCAACAACCACACGUACUGAUAGGCAAUAGUAGUGGUGGUGGCUUAGUCGGUGCCCACUACCACCAGCAAUAUCCACCCCAGCCCUAUCCAGCAACACCGGGUUCGCCAGCACAUCAACAUCGUCAUAUACCACAACAACACGCAACAACAAUUGCAGUGACCGCCUCAUAUCAACCACGCUCACAGUCGCAGCAGCAGCAGCAGCAACACCAACGCACCCUGUCGACCGCAUCCAGUUGUAGUGCACAGCACAAGAGCGUGACCUUCGGUCAAGUGACGGCAGCGUCCAAUAUCGCCGGAUACGCAGGCGAUUACAGCGGCGGCAGCAGCAGCGGUAACUCCAGUUGCGGUCAACAAUCAAUGGCGGGCAACAUGAAACACGGCAAAUCACAAGAAGACGUUUGCUACGUUGUAGCCAAAUACGAUUAUGCGGCGCAAGGUGCGCAAGAAUUAGAUUUGCGAAAAAAUGAACGCUAUUUACUGCUAGACGAUUCAAAACAUUGGUGGCGUGUGCAAAAUAAUCGCAAUCUGUCAGGUUAUGUACCUAGCAAUUAUGUGAAGAAGGAGAAACCGUCAUUAUUCGAUAGCAUUAAGAAAAAAGUGAAAAAAGGCUCCGGUUCGAAAACAUUACCAAAUUGUUCACCCUCAAGGCAAAUUGAAAGUCCAACAAUGUCACGUCGCUUACCACCAGAUCCAGCCGAAGCUAUUGGCACUGCAAUCGUUAAAUAUAAUUAUCAAGCCCAACAACCUGACGAACUGUCACUGAGCAAAGGGACACGUAUUCUCAUACUUGAAAAGUCAAACGAUGGCUGGUGGCGUGGCCAGAGUGGAAAUGCCGUCGGCUGGUUUCCAAGUAAUUACACAACUGAGGAUUGUGAUAAUGAUGGUGAAAUACACACAUAUGCCAUGGCGGAGAAUGUGCUCGACAUUGUGGUCGCGCUUUAUAGCUUCUCAUCGAACAAUGACCAAGAACUGUCAUUUGAGAAAGGAGACAGACUCGAAAUUGUGGAUCGUCCAGCAUCUGAUCCAGAUUGGUAUAAGGCAAGAAAUAAUCAAGGUCAAGUCGGUUUAGUUCCACGCAACUAUCUCCAAGAGUUAAACGAUUAUCUAGCUACACCGUUCCGUAAUAAUAGUGGUGGCAAUGGCAAUGGCGGUGGUGGCGGUAGCAGUGGUGGUGAUUCAAUUGAUCGUCGCAAUGACGGCAUGUCAGCGCAAUCUUCACCACCUAUGGCACCGAUGGAACGGCCAAAUUUGGCUGGAAAAUCUUGGUAUUAUGGCGCUAUCACCCGUAGCCAAUGCGACACAGUAUUGAAUCAACAUGGACAUGAUGGUGAUUUCCUUAUACGAGAUAGUGAGACUAAUAUGGGUGAUUAUUCGGUUUCUCUUAAGGCGCCAGGGCGCAAUAAACACUUCCGUGUACACGUUGAGAAUAGCAUGUACUGCAUUGGUCAACGUAAAUUUCACACACUAGAUCAAUUAGUAGAUCAUUACCAAAGAGCACCGAUUUAUACGAAUAAGCAAGGUGAAAAAUUAUAUUUGGUACGACCGUUACCAAAGGCAAAUGGCACGUAAGCGAACUACAUUUGCGGCAGCAGUUUGGCAUAAUCCUCGUUAUGCCAGCACAUUACAUUCAUCAGAAAAAACAUACGCAACUACAUAAAUACACACAACUCAUCGAUACUGGCCACUUUAGGAAGUUUUCACCUGUUGCUACUACUGCUGUAAUACCGCCCGGCGGUGUAACAAACAAAUUUAGAUAUUAUUAUAUAAUUUCACCGAUACACGUAAAUGUAAUGAAAUACGACAUAAAUAACGGUUAAUGUGUAAAUGAUAAGAUACACGCAGCGCUAAAACGAAGUAAGCAAGUUUUAAAACAACAAAAUAAAAAAUAAUGCAACAACAAACAUGAUAACAAUUAGAGAGGGAUGAGUAUCGUCAAAUUAUCACAAUUUAAAAUUAAAGAGCUAUAAAGAGCAAAUAAUGAACGUAGAUGCAACUACCAAAAAACGGAWCAUUUAAAUUAUAUACAUAUAUAAACUUAUGAAUCAAUUAAUGGAUGCAAAUAUAUAUAUUUAUAUAUAUUACAAUAAAUGAACGUAAAAAACUGGCACUUGCAUAGUAUUGUAUUAUAUAUUUUAGUUGAUUAUUAUUAUCAUAGUUAUUAUCUUAGAUUAUUUGUUCUUCUUCAACUCUAAUGAAGACAGUUUUGAAGAAGGCAAGCACGGAAAAAAGCGGGUUAAUUCGAUUUAGGUUGCUAACAAAUUUCAAGUUGCCACCAUUUUCGAUUUGUUCGAGCGCAGCAUUGCGCGCCGCAAUUUGUGAACGUGUGCGCACUGAAAUCUCAUAGUUUAUUGCAAACAUAUUUAUAGAUAUUUAUAUUAGAUUUAGAAGGAGCGAUUGAUUUUAAACAUCAGAUAGGUUUUUUUACAAUAUACAAGUGAACAAAUAUUUUGGUUGCUGCUGAAAUUAUUUUAGAUAGGUAUGAAAACACAAUUGAUUUAUUGGCGCGACUAAUUAGAGAGCAAUUUUUAAGUGCGAAAUUUGUUGUAAAUAUUUGUAAUUAGUGAAAAUUCUAUUUGAAGUAAUGUUUUCGAAAAAAAAUCGCAUUUUCUUAAAUUCGACAAAAGGAUUUUAUUUCAGAAAAUGUAUGUCAUUUUUUUUAAUUUUUAAAAUACUCAUACUUGUUACUUUGUUCAUUUUCAUAGAAUAUAACCUUUUUGUAACUUGGAGAAACAAAUUUCCAAAUUGUUUCAGUUUUUCAAGUAUAGUAUAUCGAAAUCUCUUCUUUAUGUCUGAAAUUUCUUCUUUAUGUAUGAACACAAAGAAAAGAGCUUUGCAACAAUUUCAAUCUUGUUUUGCAACUGAAAUGAAUAUAACGUCUAGAAAAAAUUGUCAAAUAUUAUAUUUUUUAUACUUCAACCAGGGUUAGAUCUUCGAUAGAAUUCAUUUGUAGCGUUGGAUUGCAUACUUUGUUGAUUGAUAGUCAAAAAAUAUCUCAUCACUCUAAAUUUMAUUAUAACAUUUGUUUAUAUUCAUAUAAAGGCUUUUAAACUAAAAGAAAGACGUAAAAUAUCAAUCAAAAUCAAAAAGACUAUUGGAUCCAGAAAGCUAGUAGGUCUCAAAUAUAUUAUUUAGGAUGAUUUUUCGAAUUUCUUUAACAAAAUUCAGACUAUGUUCACAAAUUUUCUGGAAUCGAAAACUUUUCUUUCCCUUUUGUAAUAAUAAAAUGCUCACGCCAUUUAUUUUGGUAGGUGAAAAAUCGAAUAGUUUUCUUUCUAAACUCUCUGAUCGUUGUCUAAGUAAACAAAAUGUGAAUAUAAUUUAGUGAAAUGAAAUUUAAAAUAAAGUUUAAUAUGAUUUUCACUACAAAACAUUGAAGGCUUUGAAUGCAAAUGUAAAAUUUAUGAAAUAUGCUUACAUAUUUAAUGUAAAUGCUUUUUAGGAAAGGUCGGAAAAAGUCAUAUAAUGUCACAAAUAUAAUUAUUAUAUAUCAUAUUUACAAAAGACAAAAAAUCAUACCAUAUGAGAAAAUAACGAAAUAAUAAAUGUAUGAGGCCAGAGACUUUGCAAAAAUGUGUUGACACAUAAAAUAUAAAAACGAAAAAACGACUUUGAAGGGUUCAGGUUUAUACUGCUUCGUAUUUAUGUAGCUUAUCAGUUAUAAAAUUGCGCCGCUUCUCUAAAGAAAAAAAAAAAAA